GGCCCAUUUAAUUUAGAAAAUACCAAGACCAAUGCAUCUCCACGUCGGCCCACAUACUUGACCCCCGGAAAUGGCGUGCGGAAGAUUGGGGACGGCGAUUCGAAGUGUGCAGACGGCGUCGGAGAGCCCCCGCCUUACCAGAUUCUCUCUCCAUGCUCCCAAAGCUGUAGAGGUAGAAUUCAACAAUGGCAGUGCUUAUAUUCUAUCAGCUGAGUACUUGAGAGUAUAUAGCCCAGCAGUUGACAGUAAGAUUCGAUCGAUCGGAGGAGAAAAGGUGAUAUUCGGAAGGCGUCAUGUGGGAAUCAUGUCUGCUGAACCUGUGGGGAACUACGGGGUGAGAUUACUUUUCGAUGACUUGCACAAAACAGGGAUCUUUACAUGGGAUUACUUUCAUCAUCUCGGUGCCAAUAAAUUCCCGCUGAUGAAAAAUUACAUAAGAAUUCUAAAGAAACACGGACUUACUAGAGAUCCUACUCGGAAGAAGUAAAUGCCAAAUCUUCCACAAGCGUGUAUGGGUUAAGGGUCCGCUUUCAUUUUGGUAUUAGCAUAUACCUCAGUUCAGUUGCCUCUAGUGGCACACAUGGGCACGUUGACAUGGUAUUUGGAGCAUCAUAGUGAUGUGGAGAGAAAUCUUGAAAUCGACCCUCGAAUCCCACAAGAAAAUGUAUGGGCUUACGAAUGAUAUUUCCUAUUCUUCGUGUUUACAAUAUGAAAUGUUAUAGUUUUUAUAGUCGAUUCGUUGUACUAUUUGAACAAAGUACAUAAAUUAAAUGUUGUAAUUUUAUUUAUAUUAUUUUUGGAAACGAAAUUUUCAAAUGAAAAUAUGUAACAUUAAGGAA